AUGAAAUGGUAUCUCCCCAACCCCAGUGUAGGGACCAAGGUGUUUCCGACGCAACGCCCAGAGCACCCAGCGCUGCUGCUGCAGAUAAUCCUGGGUUUUGAGCCUAGCCAGAGCGAUGAAAUGGUAUCUCCCCAACCCCAGUGUAGGGACGACUCCCCGGCCGAGGCCGGCCAGAGGUUCCUCUUCGAUGUCUCCAGCCUCCCGGAGACUGACGAGGUGGUGGGCGCCGAGCUCCGGAUCCUGCGGAAGCCCACGGCGAACAGGAGCGUGGCCCUGGCCCGAGAGGGAGCCUUCCACCGCCUCCUGCUCUCCGCCUGCCCCGGCUUCCUGCGGAGGGUCGUGUCGGAGCAGUCCGGCCGGGCCCUGCCCCCCGGGCAGCUGGGUUUCAGCAAGCCCCCGGCCCAGCCCCACGAGCGGGCCCUCCUGGUGGCUUUUUCGCACAGCAAGCGGAAGGAGAAUCUCUUCAAGGAGAUCCGGGACCAGGUGAAAGCCCUGGGCAGCCCCCCGUUCCUGGAGCCCCCCGAUCCUGGCCAGGAGCCCCCCGCCACGCCGAGGAGGAGGCGCAGGACCACCCUGGCCGCUCGCUCUGGGGGGAGAGGGCAGGGCAAGAAGGCAAAGACACGGUGCAGCCGGAAGCCCCUGCAUGUCAAUUUCAAGGAGCUGGGCUGGGACGACUGGAUAAUCGCCCCGCUGGAUUACGAGGCGUACCACUGCGAGGGGGUCUGCGACUUCCCCUUGAGGUCCCACCUGGAGCCUACCAACCACGCCAUCAUCCAGACGCUGAUGAACUCCAUGGACCCCGAGUCCACGCCCCCUAGCUGCUGCGUCCCUUCCAAACUCAGCCCCAUCAGCAUCCUCUACAUAGACUCCGGCAACAACGUGGUUUACAAACAGUACGAGGACAUGGUGGUCGAGACGUGUGGCUGCAGGUAGCAAUUCCUGCAGCCCCGUUAUUCCAGCAGCCAGCCCAGUAUAGAUCUGUUUCGUGUGUACCGGCACAGGAGGAUGAAUUCCAGUCCUGGAGACGCACCGUCGAAGCACCCUGGGUCUGCUCUUUAACACUCUGCCUACAGUAUCUAAUGCGCAUGGAGGGAUGGGAUUCUGGGAGCAGGAUCAUUCCCUGGGUGCUACUGGCUGCCCCCAGGGACAGUAGAUUUGUAUCCCAACC